CCAACAUUAUGCUUCCGACAGGGCGUGUCGUAAGGCGUCGCGCGUCGUAAACGUUACUUCCUCCCGGAAGACGCUCCGGGUGAACCACUCAAGUUUCCUGUCAGUUUUCAGAGCGUCUUCUUCGGUAACAUGGCCCUACCGCCCUUCUUCGCCCCGGGUCGCCCUGGCCCGCUGCCCCCGCAGCCGCCGCCUCCUUCUCCCUUCGGCUGUCCGCCACCGCCGCUGCCCUCCCCGGCUUUCCCGCCGCCCCUUCCCCAGCGACCCAGCCCUUUCCCGGGGGCCUCUGCCCCAUUCCUCCAGCCUCCCCUGGCUCUGCAGCCUCGGGCUCCCGCGGAGGCCUCCCGACGCGGCGGUGGCUGUGGCGGUGGCAGUGGCGGCGCCUUCUACCCGGUGCCGCCCCCGCCGCUGCCUCUGCCGCCGCCCCAAUACCGGCCCUUCCCGGGUACCGACGCCGGCGAGCGUCCGCGGGCACCGCCUCCAGGCCCAGGACCUCCCUGGAGCCCGCGCUGGGCAGAGGCUCCGCCACCUUCCGAUGAGCUCGGGGACGCGGCUUUGCAGCGCCUGCGCGACCGGCAGUGGCUGGAGGCUGUGUUCGGGACCCCGCGGCGGGUGGGCUGCCCGGUGCCCCAGUGCGCGCCACCCCGGCCCAGCCUGGGCGAGGUGCGCGCGCGGCUGCGCGGGGCUCUGCGCCUAGUGCGGCGGCUGCGCGGCCUGAGCCUGGCCCUACGCGAGGCCGAGGCGGAUGGGGCGGCGUGGGCGCUACUGCACGCCCAGGCCGCGCCGCUGCGCACCGAAUUGGCCGAGCGGCUCCAGCCUCUGUCCCAGGCCGCCUAUGUGGGCGAGGCGCGGCGGAGGCUGGUAAGGGUCCGGCGCCGUCGGCUACGGCUUCGCGACAGGACCCGGGAACGCGAGGCCGAGCGGGAGGCAGAGGCUGCGCAGGCAGCAGACCGCGAACAGGAGAUUGACCGCUGGAGGGUCAAGUGCGUGCAGGAGGUGGAGGAGAAGAAGCGGGAACAGGAACUCAAAGCUGCUGCUGAUGGUGUCUUAUCUGAAGUGAGGAAAAAACAAGCAGACACCAAAAGAAUGGUAGAUAUUCUUCGAGCCUUGGAGAAAUUGAGGAAAUUGAGAAAAGAGGCUGCAGCAAGAAAAGGGGUCUGUCCUCCGGCCUCAGCAGAUGAGACUUUCGAGCACCAUCUUCAGCGACUAAGGAAGCUCAUUAAAAAACGCUCUGAACUGUAUGAAGCGGAAGAGAGGGCCCUCAGAGUGAUGCUGGAAGGAGAACAAGAAGAAGAGAGGAAAAGAGAAUUGGAAAAGAAACAGAGAAAAGAAAAAGAGAAAUUUUUACUUCAGAAACGUGAAAUUGAAUCCAAGUUAUUUGGAGAUCCUGAUGAGUUCCCCCUUGCUCACCUCCUGCAGCCUUUCCGACAGUAUUACCUCCAGGCUGAGCACUCUGUGCCAGCUCUCAUCCAGAUAAGGUCAGAGGGCCAGGAUCUUCCUGUCGCCUUUCUCUUGGGUAGCAAGAAGUACUUGAUGAGGCGCUUACUUGUUGAGGCAUGAUUGGGAUCAGUUCCUGGUGCCAGCUGACCAUCCCAAAGGCAGCUCUGUUCCCCAAGGAUGGGUCCUUCCCGCGCUCCCCAGCAGCGACAUCUGGGCAUCUGCCGUUAAGCUGCAAUAGGAUGGAAGCUCCAGACGUGUGGUCCCACCAGCGCGCUCUCCAGCUCUGAGGAUUAGUGAUGCUGCCUUCUGUGCUGUGCACUGCACCUCAACUUCUAAACACCGUGUGGUGUGGCUGUAGCCUGAAGUUAUACUUUCUUCUGCUCUGUCCUGGCCGGGGUGCCUCUUGAAUCAGGAGAUUGAUGUGAUUCUUUAGGAAAGGACCGAGGUGAACCGAGGUUAUUACCAUAGGUGGUGGCUUUGGUUCAACAAAUUUGUCUCUGUUCUGAGAGGCUUGGUCCUGAGUGACUUGCUGAUUUACCCUACCUUCCUUGUGUGUUGAUGGGUAAGUACUCUCAAUACACUCGGAUACUCAGUAACAUGUGCACUAGGUAGGCUUGGAAGCCCUUUCCCCCAAUAUUGAAUGUAAGGGCAAGCUUGGUGUGAAACCUCUGUACCUUCCGACGCAGAGGGUCGUCUGACUCCCAGGAGUAAAGGCCAAAAAUUUGACCUCCAUUUUUGUUAAUUCCAAUUUUGGUGCAGCUUGCAAGACUUGUAGUUAAGAAGAUUGCAGUGGCUGCAGUCCAGGCUGACAAGAGAUGAAGGCCUAGCCUUAUGGAGAACUUAGAAAACCUUAAAAGUACCUGAACCCACACUGCGUCAUGUUUCAGUGUUCCUCAUUUCCCCAUCCUAAUGCAGUCACCUGUUAUUGAAGUUCCUAGGGGUCUGGUUGUUCAGGAUCUCCAAGGACAGAAGUUUAUUUCCCUGUGGGAUGUGGGACCUUCCUUGACCUCACUCAGUCAUGGUAGGAGCUGGUAUAGCCAGGAAUUUUUAAGGAACUCAAGGUUACAAAAACAUCCAUGUAGUCAAAGUUAGGAAAAAGCAAAUAAAAAUGAUAAAAUUUAUUUUUAAUAUUCACUAAUAAAUGCUGUUGUGCUCAGUCA